AUGCGUCAACAUGGCAGCGAUGCCCAGGCGCUGUCGGCCCCCUUUCCCUGGCGUCUGGCCGUUUUCGACGCACACUGCCAUCCCACCGAUACCAUGGGCUCGAUAGCCAGCCUCGCCACCAUGCGUGCCUCGGCCCUUGCCAUCAUGGCCACCCGUUCGCAGGACCAGGAUCUCGUCGCCCAUGUGGCGUCUGUGCACGCCGCCGCGGGGGACGGUCCUUUCCGUCCCCCGAGCUCCCAGGGCGAUGGUGAUGAUGAUGGUGCUGCUGCUGCUGCCCGCGGAGCCUGUCGAGCCAUCCCUUCGUUUGGAUGGCAUCCGUGGUUUUCCCACCAGCUGUACGACGACGUCUCCCCAGCCCCUGCUACGUACAUGGCGCCGCCGCCGCCGCCGCCGUCCGCCCCCGACGAGCCAGACAACGCCGGCCUGCUGGCCGCCAAAAGGGCCCAUUAUCAAGCCGUCCUGGCGCCUGCACCCCAGGACGACGGCUUCAUCGCCCUUCUCCCCGCACCAGUCCCCCUCUCAUCCUUCGUCAGCUCGACACGCGCCCGCCUGGCUGCCCAUCCCCACGCUCUUGUCGGCGAGGCGGGGCUGGACAAGGCGUUCCGCAUCCCCGAAAACUGGGAUCCUGCCCUGGCCGCCGCCAGAGACCAAGGCCUGACGCCCGGCGGUCGCGAGGGCCGCCUGCUGAGCCGCCAUACCGUCAAACUGCAGCACCAGCAAGCCGUACUGCGUGCCCAGCUCCGCCUCGCCGGCCAAGCCGGCAGACCCGUCAGUCUCCACUGCGUCCAGGCCCACGGCGCCUUGUACGAGACGCUGGCAAGUCUAUGGAAGGGCUACGAGAACCACGUGCCGUCCCGCCGCGAGAGGCGCAACGUUGCGCCGGGGGCGGAGCCAUACGACUCCGACUCCGACUCCCACUCCCACUCCCACUCCCACUCCCACUCCGACCCCGACCCCGACUCCGACGACUGCUCUGACGGGCGUGAGCCGACCGGGAGCACGGCUGGCCAGAAGCCAUUCCCGCCGCGAAUCUGCCUCCACUCAUACAGCGGCUCGGUGGAAUCUCUGCGGCAAUGGCUCCAUCCCAAGGUCCCCGCCACCGUCUUCUUCUCCUUUUCCAUCGCCGUCAACCUCGGCACGCAGGCCGCUCGCUCCAGGUUCGCCCAAGUGGUCGAUGCCGUGCCGGGUGACAGGAUCCUCGUGGAGAGCGACCUGCACGCCGCGGGAGAGGACAUGGAUGCCGCGCUGGAACACAUGUACAGGCAGGUGUGUCGGGUCAAGGGGUGGGGGCUGGAGGAGGGCGUCAAGAGGAUCGGCGAGAAUUUCCAAACCUUUGUCUUUGGCGACGCGCAGAAGCGGUAG